AUGAGGGCCUUUCUUACCUGCAUCACCAUCCUCCUCUGGGGCUUUCUAGACAUCACAGAAGCUACGUCUUUAACGACGAUUACUGAAACAAGUCAGAGUACCGUUUCUCAGACAAUCACAAGCACAUAUGCAAUCACCACUACUGAAACGAUCUGCACCCUUGGCAGCGCUCCACACGAAUCAUGCACCAACUCCGUCUGGGCUGCAGGCUCACUUUACUAUUCGGCGAACUGUGCAUCUUCCGCCACUUUGGGAGGGGCUUCCACAAUUCGGGCAUAUGUCAACGUGCCAUGGGCAAUUUGUUACGAAUGGUGUACCGAGCUCUCUUGUAGCGGAAUUUGGAUGUCCACCAUAGGCCCCUUUUCCGAAUGCUAUAUGCUCAGCGGCACGCCUACAAUCGUCCCGGCUACUAGUUCUCAGGCGCUACUGGAGGUAUUUACUACUAAUCCCUGUUUGGAAACGAUCACGUCGAUAUCCACAGAGACUUCGGUUGAGGUCACGACUGUGGACUACACCGUCUUAUAUACCUCGACCGUGAUUGUUUCGACGCCGACGCCGACGCCAAAUCCUACUCCUACUCCCACUCCAGGAAUAGCCUCAAGCUCCGUGGCACUCUCUUACUCAACUCCUAUCGCUUCUCCGCCGAGUUCUGCUGCAGUAUCAAUGUCUGUUCGCUUUAGCUCUUCAAUGGCUCAUCUAUCUUUGUCGUCGCCAAUCGCCUCUCAGUCAAGCUCUACAGCAGCCUCGGCGGCUAUUCGGUCUAGCUCAUCAGUAUAUCAGCUAUUUUCCUCAUCGCCAGUCCCUUCUUCAAGCUCUGCGGCAGCUUCAGUCCCUAUCCACUCUAGCUCUUCGGUGGCUCAUCCAUCCUCUUCAUCGCGAAUUGCCUCUCCUUCAAACUCUGAAGUAGCCUCGGCCCCUAUUCGCUCUAGCUCUCCAGUGCCGCAUUUAUCUUCCGUGUCGCCGGAGGCUUCUCCCUCAAGUCCUACAGGAGUACCAGUUUAUAUUCACUCUAGCUCUUCGGUGGCUUAUCAAUCUUCCUCACCACCGACUGCUUUUACUUCAAGUUAUAUCGCCUUUUCAGACUCUGUUCGACCUAGCUCUUCGGUGUUCCAUUUAUCCUCUUCAUCACCGAUUUCAUCAGUGCCGCUGCCGAAAUCUUCCACAAGUGCGCCGUCAAUCUCAUCCUCAACCUAUGUCGUGAGUUCUCCGGGAACUCCUUUCCUCAAAUCUCACUCGCCCCCUCCGGCAUCUGAAUCUCCCUCUUUUGCCAAUUCAGUGAGCCCACCUUACGACAACAUUCCAUCAGGCAUCCCGAGUCAUAUUCAGACUACACACACUAUCGAAAACAACCCAACGGGCAUUGUUCCACCAAUCACUCUCACAACCGAAACUCUGUAUACAACUGAAGUUUCAACUAUCUACAAAUGUGCUCCCACUGUGAAGGAUUGUCCUUAUGCCGAAAAGACUCCCUCGGUAGCGACCCAGGUGGUCGCCACCGGCACCACCGUUUACCCUGUCACCACCUCCACCGCAGGAGAGACCCCCAGUGGCCCUCCACCAGCGGCCUCUUUUACCACUGAAACUCUGUACACAACUGAACUUUCAAAAAUCUACAAAUGUGCAUCUACAGUCAAAGAUUGUCUUUAUGCCGAAAAGACGCCCUCGACAAUCACCCAGGUGAUCGCCACCGGCACCACCGUUUACCCUGUCACCACAUAUAUCGCAGGAGAGGCCCCCAGUGACACUGCAUCAGCGGAGAGUAUAUACACUGAGACGAUGUAUACAACUGAAUUUUCGACGGUUCACAAAUGUGCUUCUACGGUGAAGGAUUGCCCUUAUGCCGAAAAGACUCCCUCGACAAUCACCCAGGUGAUUCCCACCGAAACCAAUUUUUACUCCUUCACUACCUCCACCGGCUCCACUUUUCGAGCUCACACCAUUACUGCUUGUCCAUACGACGUCGAUGACUGUCCGUCCUCUGAAAAAACCACCUAUGUGACUUCUAAAUCCGAGGAGACCUAUACCGUGAUCCUGGUUUCAGCAGAGACGCCUUCCCCGCAUGCCACUACCAUCGAUGUUGGAACGAACAAUAACCCAGAGGUCACCCCGACAGUCUAUGUGACAAGCGUUGUGACAAUCUUGGCUUGUCCCGCUGUCAGUGCUCUGGCGCAGUAG